GCAUAAAAAUUAAAAUUGAAAAAAGAAAAGUUAAACUCCACUAUGAACAAAAAAAAACUGGUCUGGUCCUCAACUGGGUUUUCUGGAAAGGUCAGUCCUAAAUCCGGUCGGGCUAGAUCCAGUCGUGAAGUGAUGAUGAUCUUGGUCCACAAUGGCCAUCUCUAUAACGAAAUCCUACUCCUCGUGCAAAUGAGAGGGGAGGAGUACCAAUCCGCUUUUCGCGGGAAUUCACAACGACGGAGAAGGGGAAGUAGCCUUUCUCGUCAGCGAAGCAACAACCUCUGGAAGAUUAGAAGUCGGGGAAUAAUUCAAUUGAUGGCUUCGGAGUAUAAAUGGGUUCGAAUUUUGGAGGAGGGCUUGGAUUCAUGGUCAAUGUCUCGUGGAGCAUUGGAUUCGUGGUCCUUUGAGCUCGAGGAGGCAUGCUUCUGUGAUAUCAUCCCCGCGGAGUUUCCAUGUGGUGACUAAAUAUUGACAGGGGAAAAAAAUCAUGACAUUUGUGAUGGUUAAGGACUCGGGGAAAAGGAAUGUUUUGGUAGGAGUCCGGUUUGAUAGCAGCCACACUGCAGAGUUGAUUGAUUGGGCUCUGGUGAAGGUUGCUGAUCCCGGGGACUGUGUGGUUGCUAUUCACGUUUGUAGCAAUUCAGACUCUAAUGCUGAAGGCAAAUACUCGUUGGAUAGUUAUAUGGAGGGUUACAGCGGCAUAUGUACUGAAAAACAGGUUUAUCUUAAAGCACAGGUUUUGAAAGGAAGUUCCAUUAGAAAGGUGCUGGUGAGGGAAGCAAAGAAGAAUGGUGCUGUAGCUGUGAUAGUCGGCACGAGCAUGGCCGUAGCUCUUGGGGGCCGGACUUCCAUUGCUAAAUACUGCGUAAGACGACUGCCCACCUCUGUUGAAGUCAUGGCCAUUGACAAUGGGAGGAUUGUGUUCAGAAGAGGACCCAAUUCACGUCAAUACACAGGGGCUGCUGGAGAUCCUAGACCAAGUUUCUUCUAUAAGGAAGGAAGUAGCACGUUAUGGGAAAGCCAAUCUGAACCUGGCGGAUUGGGAAGGCGUAGCCUUAGACAAAUAUUGAGAGAAGAAGACCGUGGUGAUGAUACAAAGGAUGUAGGAGGGUGUGAUAUUGAACCCGGAUGGCCCCUUCUUCGAACUGAACCCCUUAAGAAUAAGGUUUGGCAUAACUUAAUCCCACCAAGAGAUGAUACUGCUCUUGCUAAGCUAGUCAGGAAAAUGUCAGUGGUUCAGUGGGUAAUGACAUUGCCAAACAGGUCUUUGUUACACUCUCCUAGAUCCCAUUAUAGACCAAAGAGCGAAAGCACCUCCGAAGAAGAAGAAGAAAACUGCAGCUUUUCAGAUAAGAGUGGAAACAGUGAUUUGAAGAUUCUGAUUGAUUUGAACUCUUCUGCUUUCAAAUGGUUCAGUUAUAGUGUUCUCAGAGCAUCCACUUGUCAAUUCUCAUCCGAGAACUUAAUUAGUGAAGGAGGCUGUAACAAAGUAUACAAGGGACUUCUUCCCAAUGGAAAACGAGUUGCUGUCAAGAUUCUAAAAUUAUCACAAGAAACUUGGGCAGAUUUCACACGGGAAAUCGGCAUCAUGGCUGCAGUCAAACACAAAAACAUUGUGCCCCUACUUGGAAUUUGUAUUAAAGACCAUGAUUUGAUAUCUGUUUACAAUCUUUUCUCUAAGGGAAACUUGGAAGAAAAUUUACAUGGAAAGGGAAAGACAAAAUCUUUGCUGUCUUGGCCAGUAAGGUUUAGAAUAGCCAUAGAGAUUGCCGAAGCCCUGGAUUACCUGCACAAUGAAUGCCCUCAGCCUAUCAUCCACAGAGAUGUCAAGUCAUCAAAUAUUCUUCUUGGCGAUCAGUUUGAACCAAAGUUAUCUGACUUUGGGUUAGCGAUAUGGGGACCCACAACUACACCCUUUGUGACCCAUACUGAUGUGCUGGGAACCUUUGGUUAUCUUGCUCCGGAGUAUUUUAUGUAUGGAAAAGUGAGUGACAAAAUUGAUGUCUACUCCUUUGGCGUUGUGCUUUUGGAAUUGUUAUCCGGGAGAAGAGCCAUUGGAUUUGAGACUCGUGGUGGUCAAGAAAGCUUAGUUAUGUGGGCAAAGCCAAAAUUAGAGAGAGGGAAUUUGAAAGGCAUACUUGAUGAAAAUUUGAAUGUAAAUGGAGAUGAUGAAUCUCUGGUGCAAAGAAUGGGUCUUGCAGCAAGAAUGUGCCUUACACAAUCAGCUCGUACUCGUCCCAAUAUCGGACAGAUACUGAAGAUGAUAAGAGGAGGGAAAGAGAUUGAUGAAGAAAUGCACAUACAAGCUGAGAAUCAACAUGAUUCGAAGAACAUGGAAAUGGAUGGGAACGAUGAUGAAGUUUAUCCCGAAUUAAGUGCAGCAGAGUCACACUUAAGUCUUGCCUUGCUCGACGAGAAUGAGUGCUCCUCAUCAUCAUUCAGCAGUGUGGAUCAUAGCAGCCCACCAUCUGUGGAAGCAUACAUGAACAAAAGAUGGAGCAGAUCUUCAAGCAGCUUUGACUAGCCUCUUUCUGCACAUCUCUAUAUACUUUAGCUAACUUCUUGUUUUACGGUCAUACAAAAAAUCUGGCACCCACUGAUGAGGUGUUUCAUUUGAGUUUUAGGGUGUAGACAGCAGGAAGUGUUUCUGCUCAGUUUCACUUGGCAAAAAUCCAAUAAUAAAUUUCAGAAUGUUAG